AUGUUUGACGAAGACCAGGAGUUGGCAUUUCGUCUUUCAAAUGGCCAUAAUUUGAUUAUUAGUGGUCAGGCAGGUACAGGAAAGACAUUUCUUGUGAAGAGGAUUGUUAAAAAAUAUAGUAAAGAAAAACAUGUCGCCAUCGUAUGUUCCACAGGAAUAGCUGCGACUCAUUACGGUGAUCUGGGGGCAGUUACAUUACACAAAUGGGCAGGAAUAGAAGAUGGAAGGCAUGUCACCGAAGAACUUAUUCACCUUGUUUUAACAGACGAACGUUUUGUGAAAGUGAAAAAUAAUAUUGAAAUUACAGAUCUUCUUGUAAUUGAUGAAAUAUCAAUGAUUAGUGCCAAAACAUUUAAUCAAUUAGAAAUGCUGUGUAGAAAUAUAAGAAACAAUGACAGAUAUUUUGGGGGAAUGCAAGUCAUUCUUGCUGGUGACUUUUAUCAGUUACCCCCAGUCGCUAAUGAAAUUAUUGGUGAUCCAGGUAACCAUUGUUACAAACUACCAUGGUUUAAUAACUGCUUCCCACAUAAAGUAAAAUUAAACAUAAUUCACAGACAGAGUGACACAACACUUAUCAAAUGCAUAAAUGAACUUGAGAUAGGAGAUCCAUCAGAUGAAAGUGUAGCUUUCCUAAAGUCUUUAGACCGACCACUGCCCAGUGAGGAAGAAUGUAUUCAUCUCUUUGCCCGUAAUUAUGAUGUUGACAUUUUCAAUUAUAACAAAUUGCAAAAUUUACCAGGAGAACUUAAACUCUACAAAUCAAGAGAUGAAGGAUCAAACCACUAUUUAAGCAAAUUCCUAGCACCCAAAAAUUUAGGACUUAAAGUUGGUUGUCCAGUGAUGCUUGUCAGAAAUUUAAGUGAUUCUUUAGUGAAUGGCUUAUGUGGCACUGUCGUUCAACUCAUGUCUGACUCUGUUGAUGUGAAAUUUGUUUUUGAAAAAAGAAAUACUGUUGUGACUGUUAAGCCAGUGGUUUUUACAACUUUUGAUCCUGUGGAUAAGAUUACCAUUGCAAAAAGAACUCAGUUACCAUUGAAAUUAGCAUAUGCUAUAACUGUGCAUAAAGCACAAGGAAUGACCUUGAAGAAUGUUGUCAUAAAUUGUGAAAACUGUUAUCAGCCAGGGCAAAUUGGUGUUGCUGUAGGACGUGCACAGCAAGUUGAGGGUCUACGAGUAAUUAACUUCAAAAAAACAUUAUGUCGUAAGCAUCCACUCCAUGUUACAAGGCUUUAUGAAAAUUUUACCAUAGGCAAUGUGCAAAAUGAUUUGUCUUGCUGUAGGGGAAUUAGAAGUGAAAAAACUGAAGACUCUAAUACUGAUGAUGAUGGUGAUAAUGAUUUUGACUUUUCAGAAAAUAGAAAUAUUGAUGCAAAUUUUGAAUCUGACUCUGAUUUUUCAGAUAGUGAAAUUGAGAAAUUGGAAAUUUUAGACUCUCUCAUUGAACAACAAAUUAUAACAGAAGAAUUUUCAUCAAAUGCAAAGACAGCUCUAGAUUCAGUUUUUUCUGAAUUUGUUGGAACACCUUUGGAAAAUGAGAUGUUUUCCUUUAAACAGAGAAUUCUGGAAAAUUUUCAAAUCUACCAUGAUUGGUACCAAUUGCAGUCCUCAGUCAUUGAAGACAUAGGUUUGAUUUGUCUACCUGAAGGUGAAAAGACAUACUCUGCCAAACAGCAAAAUGAUUUUUUUGUUAGAUUUAAUAAAUACCUCAGUUCUGAUGAAUACAAAGACAGUGUAAUAUCAAUGCUUAAUAUUUAUUCAAUAAAGGACAGUGGCCCACAAUUUCAGUUUCUGACAACACUUUUAUUUUAUCUGGAAAGAAAGUUUUUUGAAGAUUUAUCAGGACAUCUAGACUUGCAAGAUCCUGAAUCUAUUAAGAGCACUUCAGUGUCAGCAGAAGAAUUACUAGCACCUGCAAGAGGAAAAAUCAGGUACAUCAGUGGAUAUGUUCUAGCAAAACUGAAACACAACUUAUCAGUGAAAACAAGAAAUUCUUUAUUUGCAGAGGGAGACAAUUCUAAAGGAAAAACUGACACACAUCAAUCUAGUGUGUCAUGGGAAAAGCAUAUUCAGUUAUGUGACAGAUGA